AAAGCCCCUUGUGUUUACCUCUUUGUACAGAGAGAGAGGUCACGUUGUAUCACGAGCAGAGUGACAAAGUACGUAUACAUCCUGGUACCUUUUGAUCAUUACAACCGGUCGAGGUGCAGAACCUGUAGCAUGUUGGGCGUGGCUGUCAUCUCGUCCAGAUGGGCACUAUUCCUCGUGACGCUGCUGCACACGGGCUCAGGGUACGCUCCCUACCGAGAUAAAAUACCCAACGGUCACAAUGUCCCCAGCCCCUGCAAGCCCGGGGAGACGUGGGCAGGGGUGGGGCACAAGCUGAUGGCGGGGGGCGGGGUCAGGAACACCUUCGGACAGGAUUUUGCAGACAAUGGCAGGGAAUGGACAAGAGCGUUGUGUGAGAAAGAUUCGGACAGUGACGGAUUGACCAAUGGUCAGGAACUGGGCGACCCCAACUGUACCUGGUCACAGGGAAUGACAAACCCCACCGGUUCAACGCUAUCCCACCCAGGUGUGUGUGACCCCUGGAACGACCCCAAGUGUCUGGCCAAAGACGAGAGUUGGGUACUGACGGCCUGUCAGGCUUCGGACUUCACCUGCAACGGCAUCAAUGACGUCAACGUGCGAAACAAGGAUCUGAAGAUACCCAGGACUGCCGUGCCACCAGUUGAAACAACCUACAUGUGUCAGAUCUUCUCCAUCCCCAACGACACCGACUACCACAUCAUUGCCAGCAAGCCUAUCAUCGACAACGUCAACAUUAUGCACCACGCCGUCAUCUUCGGCUGCACUGAAGACGAGCCUGAAUCCCUUGUCCCCUUUGCUUGCGGUAUGCUUCCUGGUGGGAGCUGUCGGGCCCUCGUGAGCCUCUGGACAUUGGGCAACGCUGGUGAUUGCAUACACGAGUCGGUGGGAUUCCGGAUGGGGGUACACGGCUUCAAGAAGUUAGCUGUUCAGCUGCAUUGGAACAAUCCCGAAAAGAGGAGUGACUAUUUCGACCAAUCAGGAAUGAGGAUCUUCUUCACCCCGGUCCUGCGAACUUAUGAUGCAGGUAUCCUGACAACUGGUCAAGAGAACCUGCUGAUCCCACCUGGAGAACCUAGUGUGAAGACCCUUGCCAGAAUCCCCGGCGCAUGUACCAACCGUUCCUUCACAGAGACAAUCUAUGUAACAGCAACCCUGAACCACAUGCAUUACCUGGGAAUCUCCCAAUCUUUGGAGCUGUACAGGAAUGGCGUCAAAGUCCGAGAUGUUGCAAGUGACCCUAAAUAUAACUAUGACAACCCACUAUUUCACAAAUUCAGUGACCCCAUUGAGAUCCGACCUGGUGACGAGCUGAGGACGCAUUGUGAGUUCGCAUCCUCCAAGAAGUCUACGACAACAUUUUUCGGUGCUGCGACGUCCGACGAGAUGUGCUACAGUUUCAUCACCUACUACCCUCAACAGAACUCCAACAGACCAUUCCUCACCAACUUCAAGAGUAUUCCGUACUGCAUGCUUGACAUUGAGGACACGUACGAAGGAUGUGCUUGGAGGACGAUUUUCACCGACCCCGAAUUAUUGCAGCUGUAUGGCCUUGUGGACACCAAUUGCAACUUGUUUGAGAAGUGUUCGCCGGCAUGUUACAACGCCAUUCAGGCAACAAAGCAGCACAAAUGUUUUCAGGGCGAUAUAUGGAAAUAUAACAUCUAUAAACUGUUAAGAUACAAGAACACGGUCACGUUUCUCAUGAAGUUACGGUCGUGUGAGUGUGAAGACGUUGCACCCUCCUCAGCACCCCCUACAGCCCCCGACGCGGUCUCCAAGCCUGACAACAGCACCUGUGACUGGGCAGGCUUAUAUGUUCAAUCGGUUGGAAACCCACUCGACACGAUCUUCAUCAACGUCACCGGCAGUUGUGCUGCUAGUGGCGACUGUCUCCAGGAGUGCGUGCCUGCUGUCAGGGCUGCGAGGGAACAUCCGUGCUUCCAGGGAGCGGAGUGGGAACACGGACGGCGCUACCUCUAUGAAAGAUCAAACUCCAAGACUCUGGAGUUUCUCUUGGACUUUGAAUCCUGUAAUUGCGAGUUGGGGAUCGCUGCUACACCUACUACUGAACCUGCCACUACACCUACUACUGAACCUGCUACUUCACCUACUACUGGACCUGCUACUUCACCAGCUACUGAACCUGCUACUACACCUACUACCGAACCUCCUACUACACCUACUACUGAAUCUGACACUGAACCUACAACGGGUGCAUUUUCAUUUCAGUAUAGUUAUCAUCACUUUGUUCUGAUAACAAUCAUUUCCAUCUUCAGUGUUCUUGCUUAGUGAAGAGAUACGAUAAACUCGAUAUACCUGUAAUGAGAUCCAGUGACUAAGCAAAUGAGGUUAUCUAUUCAGAUCUCUUUUCGAUGGCAUGCCUUCUAUUUCCUAUUUCACGACAUUCUCAUAAUGCUGGUUGUUUACGUAAACAAGCUUAGCUUCACAUAAACUGUGUAAUACACAUAAUGACGUGCACACAUCGUGUUUUAUAUAUUACUAUAACGUUGUAACCACCCGCUUGUCAACUGCUGUUGUUACUGUAACUUCUUCCUCCUACCCCUACAACUACUGCUACUGUUACAACAACAACUACUACUACUACUACUACUACUGCUGCUGCUGUUGUUACUACAUAUUCUACUCCAACUGCUACUGUUACUACAACUUCUACACUUCUUCCUUUCACCCCUACAACUACUAUUGCUACAACUACUCCUACUGCUACUGUUACUACAACUUCUACUCCAAGCACUACUACUAGGUUUUACUCCUCUUUCUCGUCCUAUUACUACUAAGUCUACUAUUUCUGCGACCACAGCAUCUCCUACUACUACGGCUACAAUAACUACUGCUACCUCUACUAUUAUAUUUUGUAAUAAACAUAAUGACUUACA